UACUAUAUCAUUUAACGCGUUCUUUUACAAAUCAUGAACAUCUUUCGGUUUCUAUAAAUGAGCUUUGCUGAAUUUCUUCAUUCUUCAAUCAAACUGAAGCCUAGUCAUGGCUUCUACACUCUUUUCUUCUUCUCUUUACACAGCUCUUUGUUAUAUUAUUCUCCUUUUGGUCCUCUCAUCUCCUUCUAGUGCUGCAAGCACCCCUUCAUAUGCGCCUACGACGCCCGUGGCACCGGAAGUAGUUUGCAAUGCAACUCUAUACCCCAACUUUUGCAAAUCCUUAUUUCCAGGAACGGGGAAAUCAAAUGUCUAUGAUUACUGUCGAUUUUCCAUACGUAAAUCUUUAUCAGAAACAAAGAAGUUCAUGGCUUCAGUUGAUUCUCUUCUUAUGCGCUCGCGUACUUUGUCAAAAAACGUUGUUCAAGCUCUAGAAGAUUGCCGGCAACUUGAACAACUAAAUGUGGAAUACUUGUCAACUACUAUUAGUAGUAUUAACUCCACCAGAACACUCCCUGCAAUGAAGGCUGACGAUAUGCAAACCUUGCUUAGUGCCAUACUGACAAAUCAGCAAACUUGUUACGAAGGCCUUCAAGAAACUGCAUCUCCUCAGAUUGUCAAGGGUGCCUUGUACGCACCUCUUUCAAAUGAGAACAAGAUAUCUAGCGUAUCUCUAGCUCUGUAUAACCGGGGAUGGGUACGUGAAAAGAAUAGAGGAAAGAUGCAGAUUGGGAGGAAGCUUUUGUUCUCUGACAUGAUUCGAGAUGGUGGCUUGCAGUUAAAGAUGUCGAGUCAGAACCGUGAGAUCUUUGAGUCAGCGAGCAAAAGAAAGUUGCUCCAGACGGUUUCAGAUAAAGUUGUAGUGCGAGAUAUGGUGGUAGUGAACCAAGAUGGGAGUGGGAAUUUCACCACCAUAAAUGAGGCAGUCGCCGCUGCACCAAAUAAAACACGCAUCGCAGAUGGUUAUUUCUUGAUUUACAUCAAAUCCGGUGUUUACCAAGAAUACGUUGACAUCGUUAAGAACAAGAGAAACAUUAUGAUGAUAGGAGAUGGUAUCAAUAAGACUAUAAUCACCGGAGAUCGAAGCGUUGGCGGUGGCUCAACUACUUUCAGAUCAGCAACUUUCAUUGUGGUUGGGGAAGGUUUCGUCGGGAUAAAUAUCACAUUCCGUAAUACAGCAGGUCCGAGCAUGAACCAAGCAGUGGCGGUACGAAGCGGAGCUGACUUCUCAACUUUCUACCGGUGUAGUUUUGAAGCGUACCAGGAUACCUUGUAUACUCACUCCCUCAGACAAUUCUACAGAGAGUGUGACAUAUACGGAACAGUCGAUUUCAUAUUCGGUAAUGCAGCAGUUGUUUUCCAGAACUGCAAUAUCUAUGCAAGGCUACCAAAUCCGAGGCAAGCUAAUAUGGUAACUGCUCAAGGAAGAGCAGACCCAAACCAGAACACUGGAACCUCGAUUCAGAAUUGCAAUAUCUUAGCUUCCCCAGACUUGGCAUCGAGCAAUGGCACUACUAAAACAUACCUAGGAAGACCAUGGAGAGAGUACUCUAGGACUAUUUACAGUCAAUCGUUCAUUGAUAGUUUGAUUGAUCCUUCGGGUUGGGAUCCUUGGACUGGAGAAUUUCUAGACACGUUAUAUUAUGCUGAAUUCAGUAACAGGGGGCCUGGAUCAAACACAAGCAGCAGAGUUCAGUGGCCUGGUUAUCGUACUAUUGAUAUCACGAAUGCAACUGCCUUCACGGUCUCGAAUUUCAUAGUAGGAGAUGAUUGGCUGCCUGCAACAGGAAUUCCCUUCAGAGGGGAAUUACUAUAGUCUAUAAUUCUUUACGUGCUAAUUCAAGAUUAUUAGCUUUCAUGCAACAAAAUUCUUGUAUUUGAUGUAGUUGCGGAAAAUCCCACAACUACACCCGUUAUAAUGAUAAUAACACAAAGCUUAAGUCAUGUGUAUCAACUCAAACAUUAAUGAUAUUAUUCACCACUUUGACGCUAAAAUGAUCU